AUGUCGAUUGUCGAGUAUUUCAAUUCGGUGACGAAAGAAGCGAGGAAACUGCUAAUCACAACACUAAUUGAAUACAUAAGGUGUUUGAUACAACAAUUGUUCUAUGAGCGACAAAAUAUUUGGUUAGUUAGCACAUCGACACAUUCAAAAUAUGCAAAGGAAAUUAUAUCAUUGGAGUGUGAGAAAGCCAGGCGAUACCGAGUCAACCCAAUCAAUUGUUACAGGUUUCAUGUGAAAGAUGGUGGGUUAGAUGGUAUUGUCAGUCUUAACACACUUGAGUGUAGUUGCAGACAAUUUCAGUGUUUGGAGAUUCUGUGUUCACAUGCUAUUGCUGCAGCUAGAGAGCAGAACAUCAACUCAUUCACCCUAUGUAGUAGGUUUUAUUCUGUGAAGUCAUUUGUCCUUGCAUAUGCAGAAUCGAUAUCUCCACUUGGCCAUGUGAUUGAAUGGAAAAAACCGCCGGAGUAUGCUAAUGUUAAGAUCCUUUAA